UGCGCUUCAGUCCCUGCGCCCGGUUUGCGAGGCCGGAGUCGGUUUUCAGUUCAAUCCUUUCGCGUAGGCCUCGGAUUCUCCUCCAUCCGCCUCCAUCGGCCUCCGGAUCGGCGCCUGUUCCUAUUUGCUGUGGCCAUUGUUUAGGAUUAAACCCCGGGAACGAGCCGAGGUCGGUAUUUCUGAGGACAGGGCAACCUCGGAUUUUGGCAGAGGCUGCAGGGAGGACGGAGAGGGGGGAGCGCUGGAAGAUUCCGAGCUCCUGGCUGGAACCGCUGAUGAGAAGCUUCAUCGGCCUUCUCUUGUAGGCUGUGUUAAUGAGCGGCACGCUCUCAGCGGUGCUGAAAACAACCACCAUACUCGAUGACAUUCCAGCGCAAUGUCAGAUCGUUUGGGGCAAACUACCAAGGGGAAGGAUGGAAAAUCGAAGUACUCCUCUCUCAGUCUGUUCGAUAAGUACAAAGGAAAGUCGCUAGAAACCCAGAAACAUUCAGGAGUUGUCCCUCGACAUGGCUUGCAGAGUCUUGGCAAAGUGGCUGCUGCCCGGCGCAUGCCCCCGCCUGCAAAUCUUCCCAGCUUAAAGGCUGAAAACAAAGGAAACGACCCGAACGUGACCAUUGUACCCAAAGACGGAACAGGAUGGGCAAGCAAACAGGAGCAGCAGGACCAAAAGAAUACCAGUGUAUCAGCAGUACAGCAGCCGGAGUUGCCAUCGCAGCCGGCUUCACAGACAUCUGCCUCCAGUGUGCCAAAGCCAGCACCAGUCCACGAGAACACAAAUUCAGCACAAGGUGGAGUAAAGUCAUGGGCACAAUUGAAGGCAAAGUCAGCAGGAACAGGAGGUGGCGGAAGAGGAUCGAACAAGCAGUUACCAUUCUCUCAAGAGGAAUUUCCCACAUUGAAAGCAGCUGGAGACCAGGAAAAGGCUGGAAAAGAAAAGGACACCACAGAUCAGUCAUAUGGGCCAGGACCAAGCCUCCGCCCACAGAAUGUAGCCAUUUGGAGGGAGGGUGGUGGGCGAAACCUGAACCCCACAGCAGCACCAACCCCACCACCGCCAGAGGUGGAAGCCAAAAGCUCAGACCAAGAAGAUCCAGUGCACACGCCAGUGUCAUCAAGUGACUCAAAAGAGCCUUCACUGCGCCCUGCUACUCCACUGAGAAGGGGACUGGGAAUACCACUACAGACAGGGACUCACCAAUUCCCAUCUACCUACCGGGAUAUGUUGCCAACAUUUAUGUGCCCACCACAAUCGCGGGGACCUCAACCUACCCCUGUCCUUGGUCCACAAGGAUCCUUACAAUAUCCGUUCCAACCACCUGAGCCAAUUAGGUAUCCCCGGGGAGUGACUCGUCCAACGCGCCCAGCUAGACCUGCUCGGCGACCAGGUGAGCCAACCGAUCGACCUGCCAUUGUCAACCCUGAUGAUCUGAAGGAACUGGAUCAGCUGGACGUUGAAACAGAAGAUGGGUGGGCAGGUGAACACGAGGAAGUGGAUUAUUCAGAAAAGCUGAAAUUCAGUGAUGAUGAAGAUGAAGAAAUGUCAAGAGAAAGAAAAGAGAAAUGGGAAAGGGACAUGAAAAUGGUACGUCAGCGCUCUUUAAGUGCUAAGCUUGAAACAAAGAUGGAGCCAUCCUUGUGCAGUGAAUCUAUUUGGAGUAACCCAUUACCCUCCAGCCAAUCAAACCAUGGCCUACAGGAUCCUGAGCCACGAUGGAACCUAUCUUCUGCUGAGACAAGGGCUGGAGUCUUCCAAAAACUAACAGGAGUUAAUAGAUGGGCAGAUGCUCACGUUGAGAAAGAUGAAGUGUGGCGACAGCGGCCAAGUCCUGGCACCAAUGAACGCUCUGAGGCAUUGGAACGAGUCAGGAGGAGGCGCGAGGAAGAGGAACGACGGGCCCAGGAAGAGCGACUAGCUGCCUGUGCUGAAAAACUGAAGAAACUCGAUCAAAAACGUGGAGUGAUAGAGAACUCUCUUAAAUUUGAUUUACGGAAAAAGGAUGAUGUUGAAGCUAAGGAGAGCAAGGAAUCUAUACCUCUGUCUGCACAGCAGAAACCCUACACUGAGAACAAGCAGAAUUUACCAAAAGGGGGAAAUGUCCCAAGAUACUUGACGGGGGAGCAGAUUCCUGAGCAGGAAACGGCGAAGUUAAGGAGGAUGACCGAUAGCACAGUCGAAAAAUGUGACCUGCCUGUGGAGCUUCCUGUUGAAGAUAAGGUGAAAAAAGAAGUUGCUGCAGCCAUUGCAGAAAGUGAGGAUGAUAACAGCAGGCAGGGAAAUGAGCCUGCACUGCCCAUCCAAAAUUACAGCAAGUUUCACAAGUCUUUGCCACCGAGGUUCCAACGACAACAGCAGGAGCAGCUGUUAAAGAUGCAGCAGCGGCAGCAGCAGCAGGGACCUGUGAUACCACCAUCAGUUGCACCUCCUCAUUCCCAUUCACAAAGGCAUAUCUAUCCCAGCCCAGUCGGCCCACCCCCUCCACACAUGCUUGGCUACGACCCUCGUUGGAUGAUGAUGCCUUCGUACAUGGAUCCUCGACUUAGCCCAGGAAGGCCGCCAAUUGACUUCUACCCAUCGGGGGUUCAUCCCUCUGGAAUGAUGAAGCCUGUGAUGCGCCCAGAUCGUUCAGACAGUGUCACUUCAGGGUCUGAGCAGCACGACCGGCCUCCCAUUCUGUUACAGGAAAGAAGAACCCCACCUACAGAGCCACAAUUCAGCUGGGGUCAAGAGGACUAUCCACCUCCUCCAAACCGGACUUUUAUGUUAACCUCUCAGAGAUCACAAGAGGAUAGUGGUGCAGAAGAGAGAAAUGCUAGAAAUGAAAGACUUCCCACUCCACCUGUGAGGGCAGAUGCUAUUUCCCAGCAAACCAUGAAGAUACAGAGAGAUCCAUUUGAGGAGCAGAUAGAUGAAUACAGAGUCGUUCCAGUGGACAAAUUGAGAAAUAUGGCUCGUCUGGAACCACAGACUGAACUAAUAAAAGACCGAAGGCCUGAUGUAGCUCCAAAUGUGUCGGCAGUGCUGGGCCGGGAUGUUCUCUUCCAGCAUCAAACAAAUCCCCAGUUACUUCAUAAAGAACUUUUCACAUCUGAAAAUGAGCAGGUAGGGCUGAAUGGAUCCCUGAUGAGGGACAGUACUGAGACCUCGAAACCAACUGAAAAUCUUGAGGAGCUGGUGUCUCACAGCUGGGAUUAUGUACACCAGAAAGAAGCGCCAAGCCCUAAGGCAAAUGAACAUGAAGACACCAGAGAGGAGAAAGGUUUCAGGGCAGAAAUAUGGCAGACUGAUAAUCUGCCAAAGAGGGAAUCUAAGCCUGCACCCCAGUGGGAGCCUUUGAAAGGAAACCAGGCUGAUCGUCGUGAGACUGUGGGAAAAAUGACAGGCAGACGAUCUGGACCAAUUAAGAAACCAGUGCUUAAAGACCUCAAGACUGAGAAGGCUGAAGAGACAGAAAAAGUAAAAUUGGAAUCUGUUCCGAAAAACAGUCACACUAAGACAGAACAGAUCAAGACUGAGAAUAAGGUGCUGAAAACCACCAAUGGGUGCGCCACUCCAUCAUCACAGAUUUCUUCAUCGUUGAACGUUAGACAUGAAUUGACUGCCCUGCCAGUGCCUCCGGCUAAGUUUGACUGGGAAAUAGAGAAACCACAAAAAAAGGAGAUUAAGGCGUGGGAGGUAAGACCAGUGACUAAAGACAGCAUCGAUUUUCCUCCACCACAGCGUAGAAGCUGGAUUGAAGAUGAUGAUCAACAUAACUUAAGUAGUAGAGGCCAAGGGCGAGGAAGGGGCAGAGGACGAGGAGAUUUUUAUGGCCGAGCUGGAGAGAUCAGAGGUUCUUACAACAACUUGAGCAGAGGAAAUCGUCAAAAUCCUAAGGACUACAGUAAUCCUUUAGAAGACAGCCAAAAGAGCUCCUCUCGCCGUCGAAACGCUAGUGAGACACGCAGUGAGGGGUCUGAAUAUGAAGAUAUACCAAAGCGACGGAGACAGAGGGGAUCUGGAGCGGGCAGUGAAGGCACUAGUGAUGCAGCAUAUUCAGACAGAGAGGGGAAGAAUAUGUUCAAGGACUCUGUGAAGAGAUCCAAGAGGAUACCAGCUGAAGGGCCACUUGUUGGUGAGGUGGAGGAUGAAAGAGGGCCCCCAAAAGUGUUUGAGAGGGCAUUACCCCCUCGGUUGAGCAACCCUGGACGAGGACGCAGUUUUGCCCCUCGAGGAAUGUCCUCAAGGCAAAACAGAGGGGGUAUUUUCAAGGUAAAUGGUACCUAUCAGCUAAAUGGCGAUGCUCCCAAUUGCAUGUCCAAAAGGCAACCUCUAAAGGAAGCUACAAAAGUACUCAACAGGUCUUUGGAAGUGGCACUGGAGAAUACUGGAGAGGAAAAUGGAGUCGGAGACAAAAUAUUGUUUUCUGGGAUCUCAGUUGUAGAUGACCAACCAUCCAAAAGAGAGCGAUCGAUGGAUAUGCCCCCAAGGAGAAGACGACCUCCCCGGCAGGACAAACCUCCAAGGUUCAGGCGCCUCAAACAGGAAAAAGAUGCAGCCGCUGAAGUGAAAAGUGAUGUGCCUGUUCCUGUAGACCAUGGUUUAUCUAAUAUGACUGCAAGAACUGAUGAUCAGGAAAUGGCUUCUCUUGUAGCCGGCAAUAAGUCGCCAGAUCUCUCUAAUCAAAAUUCCUCUGACCAAGCUAACGAGGAGUGGGAGACUGCUUCUGAAAGUAGUGACUUUACAGACAGGCGGGACAGAGAGAACAGAGUAUGCCAGAACAAUCUACCACCUGAAGUAGACGUGGCAGACAGUGGUCUCGGACAGCGGAAAGAGUUAGCUAAACGCAGUUUCUCCAGCCAACGGCCAAUUGAUAGGCAAAACCGCAGGAUGAACCCAGGCUAUGGUGGAAAAGCUCCAAAAACUAAUGGGACUGGUCCAAGGAAUGAAAAGGCAACCGGGCAACCAUCAAGAAAUAAAAGGUAUGUAGAAGAACAGCAGUGUGAUCAGAUAGUGAAUGGAGGGAAUGUCAACACGGUGUACUGUGUAGAUCGAGUUGUUCCCCAUGACCCAGUAGCUGUCCAAAACGCAAUGAAGGAUGCAUCAAAUAAAAAGAAGGAAAAGGAUGUAAAAUCUGGUGUGAAAAAGGCAAAAGAAAAGACUGAUGCUUUGGCCCAGUUUGAUUUAAACAAUUAUGCAAGUGUUGUCAUUAUUGAUGAUCAUCCAGCUGUGGCUGUGGAGGAGCAGCAGUCCGUGUCAACAGUGAAUGAUGGGUUCACUGAGGUAAUCUCAAAAAAACACCGUCGUUUGCUUGAGGAAGAGCGCAGGAAGAAAGAACAGACAUUGCAGGCGCCUGGGAAAAACCGGAAUGAAAAGAACUGGACAUCUUCGUCCAAGAUUCCUCCUCGAUUUGUUAAAAAGCAGCAACUUUCCAACGCAGUCACUGAGCAGUCGGAGGACGGCUCCUUCUCCAAGGGACAGGCCACAUCCAACAGCUUAGGAACGGAGAUCUGGGAGAACUCCAGCGCAACUGUUCCUGUUCAGCCUGCCAAUGGUGACACCUGGGUGAAACCUUUGAAUUCGUUUACAGGGCCUGAAUCCACAUGCACCGAGAGUUUCAAGGCAAGUCAGCCUGACAGUGGAGUUGAACUGAGUGCUGAUUCCCAAGGUUCAUCUGCAACUUCAUCUCAGCGAAGCUCGCCUUAUGGUGCGCUCAAGCCAGAAGGAGGAGUGAUUACGGAAAUCAAUGGAACCAGCACAGACACAUCUGUCGAUAAAUCAAAUGGAAAAACAGAGGAUCCCAAGGAACAACGGCAAAAGCCAGCAAGACCAGAGAACAAGAUUUCAGAGCCAGCAGCUGGACAGAACAAGGACCACAAGCCUGGACCAAUAGGAAAUGAACGGUCCCUGAAAAACAAGAAGGCAAAGGAGUGCCUGGAACCAGAGGGAGCAGAGCGCAAUGAUGGGAGCAUCACUUCAACAAAUACAGCUGAUAGCAGACCAAGCACCAAAUCAGGACUGGAUUUGCAUGUAGAUUCUGUCAUUCCAGUUCCCCCAAUAGAGUUUGGAGUGAGCCCAAAGGAUUCUGAUUUCAAUUUGCCGCAGAAUUCUGUGCCAAGUCCUGUUUCCAAGUCGAUUACCAAACUGCAGGAUGUAUUGGCUAACAAUGUUACUCUGAGCCAGUCAAUCCCUAUUCUACGAAGAGAGCAUCUGCAACAGGGCCCCAAUCUCACUCCAGUGUCUCUUCCAAGCACUGACCUCACUUUAAAGAUGGAGUCUGCCCGCAAGGCCUGGGAAAAUUCUCCCAACGUUACUGAACAGAGUUCACCUGGCAGCAGUAGUACCAGCACGCAGACUCCGUGCAACACAGGACCACCAAGUGGGGUAGGCUACAGCUCAAUUGGGUGUUCUUCUGUGCCACCUAUGCCCAUGGUGUCAGUUGCACCUUCAGUGUCUUUGCCAGGGAGUCAUAUUUCUCCUUUGUACAUGGAUGGCCAUGUGUUUGCCAGUCAGACCCGACUCCUUCCUCAAUCAAUUCCACAACAGCAAGGUUUCCAGGCUGGACUCUCUCAGGCUGCUGCAGCACAUCAGAUUCCAAUUCCCAUGCACACAUCCUUACAGGCCCAAGCGCCUCUUGGAUUGCGGAAUGGAUUGCCCGUCUCUCAGUCCCAGGAAAUGUUUGGUUCAAUGCAACCAUUCAGAUCGCAAGUGUACAUGCACCCCAGUCUGUCUCAGCCGUCCACAAUGGUCCUCUCGGGGGCUCCUCUGAAAACUCCAUAUACGGCAUUCCCUGCCGUUCCAGCCUCAGAUAUGGUAAAACCGCAGCCAGGCUCUCAUUACCAAGCAAUUGGUGGCAAUCAACCCCUCAUGUAUGAAAGCCAGCUGAACCAGCCCGGACUCACCACUUCACAGAUCAUGGACUCCCAGCUAAUACAGGUGACCAUGUCUAUGCCCGGAUCCCAGCUGUCUCUGCCUAGGUUUGGCUCAGGCCAGCAGCAACUGAUUGCGUUAACUCAAUCCAUCCAGCUUCCCCAAGCACAGAGCUUGAGUGUUGGUGGGACCAGAAGGCUCUUGCCCCCAGGAUCCCAGCCUCCUAUUCUACCCACUGGCAGAGAGAUUCCCCAAAUGGACCUGAAAGCAUUUCAGUUUGCAGACAACAAACAGGUUUCCUCUGGGAUGUCUGGAGGCCCUGUCCCAAACCUCUUCAGACCCAGUUGUACAAGCCCAAAUGGGAAGACUUCUGGACCUGGACCAGCUGCUAACACAAUGGGCCUGAAUAUACCAGGAACCAUCCAGGGCCACUACGCCCAACAGAUGCCACCCCCACCCCAGGGCAACAUGAUCAUGCACAUGAGGCCUCCCAGUGUCGGAACCUAUCCUACUCCAAUUCAGCGUCCUGUAAUGCAGAUGAGCAAAGGCCCUAUUGCACCUCCCGUCACAGUACGCCCACCUCGAAUGCACAGCUCUGGUCGAGAGAAUUCAGCACCCACAAUUCGAGCUUGUAACUCUGAAAGGGGAGAAGAGGAUCUCAAGGCUAAACAGAGGGCAGAGGUGCUACAGUUGACCCAGAAGUUCUUUGAACAGCAUCAACAGGGGAAGCUUGCUAACAUUGGGCAGAAAAUGGAACCAGGCACUGCUAUUGCUGAUCACGGAGAAGAAAGCCCCACCUUAAAUGUACCGAAUAUUCAGGACCCAGCCAGCGAGGCUGUGACACAGGAGAGAGCUGUUUGAACUGGACCAGUUGAGCACCAUGGCAUUAAAGUUCAAGAUGGGGGGAGCAUAAGGAUCCCCUGCAGUUUAAAAAAAAAUGAUAUAUAUCUAUAUAUAAAAAUCAGAAAGAACUCGGAUUUCUGGAAUGCUAAGACUUCAUUUUUUUUUAAAAAUUGAUGUUUCAUUUGCUGCUCAGUCUUGACAAAGCAGAGAGUAAAACGGAUACCAGUGCAAGGUAAUGUGAACUCUGGAGGUUUUUGUACUUCUCAUUGGAGAAUAACUCUUAAUUCGAUAGGCACAGUUGAAUUCAGGAUUUCCACCCCACCUAGGCAAGAGCGUGUCCUUUUGAAAUGGUGCAGUCUGGCUGUACAGGACAGUUGUAUCAGUUCCAAUUUUUGGCAUGUUGUGUUGUUUUCCUUCCUUAUACUGUAUGGUGCACCAGACACCACUGAAUCAGAACAUGAUGCAUCGUCUAACUUCAAGUGAACAGUUACUUUAUGAAUGGGGGACAAAAAUCAAAAAUAUGAUGGAAUAUGUGAUAUAUUUCUAUGGCAUCCAUGCAGGUAGACACAGCUGCACAUUGUCACUCGAUAAUCCAUUUACAUUUGUUUUGGGCAUGCUGUACUGAAAGUAAAGAUGUUCAGGGCUAAGUACUUUUCAGUUUGUGAACUUCAUAAUUACUGAUGGGUGAAACUCAAUAGCAGUUUUGGAAAGUGUCACAAUUUGUACAUGUUCAAGAGUGCAGCACAUAAUAUUAAACAGUAUUAAAUUACAGUCACAGCAGAAUUUUAACUUUGCAAAAUGGCAGUUUUAACAAUUGUUAAAUUAUUUCAUUAUUUUGUGUUUUGCUGUUUAUUUACACAGUAAGUGACACACGUGUGUGGCAUUAAGGUUACAUCAUUGAGAUGCUGCAUCAACAUAAAAUAUCAAUAAUACAUAUUUAAUCUUGCACACGAUGCAGAGAUUUUUUUAAAUUUCCAAAUGUUGCUAGGCUACAAUUUUGGAAAAUUGUCAUUCUGUCCCUAGAAUUUGUCGACCAUGUAGACUUUGCUUCAUGCAGUACACUUUGCCCGGAAUAAUUAAGAAUGGGUUAUGGAGUAGUGGCUGUAUUUCCAGAAUAGACAAUUAAACCGGUUUAAGUUGGCAGUUAGCUCAUAAGUGCAAAAUACAAAUGGUUCUAAUCCAGCACAGGGGUUCCUGUGACUGCCACCCUUGAGAAAAGAGACUUUGCAAAGGAGAAUCCUUUCCGGGUGGAGCAUGACACCAAAUAAGGAAUAGAUACUCAUUUGUUAAAGGUAGCGCCAUGCUUUUCAGUCAUGAUCUGUAUAGUGCAUGUGGAUAAAUACAAUAAAUAAAUGUGCAUAUGUAGUUCUGGGCAGCUGCAAUAACUUAGCAACUUUAACAUCAGUAUUAAUGGGCUACUGCAGAUAGUCCUGUUAAGGGUGAACUAUCCUUACCUUUGGUAUUUAGAUUUCUACACUCCGCUGUACAUUGUUCUCUAGCACACAUGCAACAUGAAUUUUGUCCUCCAUUUGUCAGCAAGGGACUGAAUCCCAUGUCAAAUGUGAUUUGGAAACCAAGGAUUUAAGUUCCACAAUGGAUAUUCUGCUGAAUGACCUGUGUUGACAUUUGCCCUCUAUUGUGAAGAUCAAAUGCGGCGGGAAGGAAUUAAUUCAGCUUAUUUGCAACCAUCAGCUAUGUUGAUACAAGCUGGUCUGUUUGACAGCGUUGCUGGUUUGGAGUUAACACUGUGAAUAUAUGAUAAUAUUGAACCGUGAUACGUGUGGCACAUUCCAACUGGCCUCUGCCUGUGCUGUAAUUCUGUUCAGGGGCCAUUUCGGUAACAUUCUUUCUGCCAGUAAACUGAUCCUGAGUACUGCUCUAAGUUUCAUGUUAAUGAACCCAGACUAGUGUCUCUGCAGAAAGGUUAGCUGUCAGAAGAAGGAUCUCCAAGGUAUCCUGAUGCACACAACUAAAUAUGACACCACAUUGAGCUCUGCAGCGGUUCUGCAGAGGUGUAGAUGUUCUCCACACUGAACUGUCUCUCAUUUUCAAGUGUGGCACAGACUAAGUCCAAGCUGUUAGGCUGAACAUGGUGUAGACAGUAGGUAUGACUUAGGUUAGCAGAACUGUUAAUAUUUUAACUGCAUUGGGAGCUACCAAUUUGUUAUUUUUUUUUCAGUGUUGUGAUGAAUUAUAAUUUUUAUAUAUUUGAUUACAGUUAUAACAUUUGGGAAAUUAAAAUAGCAGAAGUUAAUCAGGAGUAUUACUAAAGUCAUCCCUGUGAGGCCUAUGCAGUCAUUUUGCAGUUGUCCUUGAUUUUAACUUGAGGACUAUUAAAGAAAAUCGAUCUUAACAUUUUAAUGAUAGUAUUGCCUUAGUGUCUCAUAACACUGAGGGGUGCUUCGGUAAGGAAUCCAACUGUGUGGAUCAAUGUUUUACAAAGCUGUGGCACUGAGGGCCAUUUAAGUACAGUCUGCAGAUGAUGGGUUUAGAGUUCUCUACACGUAUGUAAUUAGAUGGAGAAUUGGGAAGAGGGUCAGAUAAGAGACAGUGAAUCAUGUGGUUGAUAGAGUCCAAAAAGAAAUGUGGAAACGUUUUAAAACCUCUCUGUUCUUGAACCCAAGUGACAGGACUUCUGUUACAAGUAUCAUCAUUUUGACAUUGAGCUUAUUUGAGAGAGGAGAAAUGGAUAGGAGUCUCUUGUGUCUUUCCCUUAUUUCAGCAAAACUCAAAUUCAGUGUCAGUACACACAUUUAUUUUAAUUCUAGCCUGUCCCUGUGGAUGUUAUUUAAUAUGUUUUUCCAAUGAGUUUAUUUACCUCGAUAAUCAUACGCUGAAAUUAAUUGUGGCAGGAUUAAUCAGUACCCAGGCACAGGUAGCUAGAGGGACCAGGAUUUUACAGUAGUUUCAUUAGAACAGUGACUUGGUAUUUGCUUUGAAAUUGAUCAUGCAAGCAACAUCAAAAAAAUGGUCACUUAACAUUUGGAAUUGGGGGCAGAAAAGUCACCAAGGAACCUGAGUUGUUAACACUGCUUUUGUCAAAUGCUACCCUGUAGAUCACUUAACAAGUAUUUGUUAAUUAGCAUAUUGAUUCUCCCUAAAGAUACCUGUAUUUUAAUAGAGACUCAAGACCAUGGCCUGAGAAAUAGGACUGACUUCAUCUAGUUUUUUUUGUAGCUUCAGAAAGUAGCAAUGCAUCAUGGUGCUCUUCAUCUGUGCACUAACUGAAAGCUCGGGUGGAAAGUGUCAUCUGUGUUCUGGCAAAACGUUUUUUUGGAAUUGCAAGUUUUAAUGAGGAAAGGGAAUGUAAGGUGGUCUGAAAUUGUACAGCUCUCCGUGAUGACUCCGGUAAAGCUCUGUGCUCAACUGGCACAAGCUUCGAUUGUAGUCUGAGUGCAAAAAUUUGUUGUUCUUUUCUGUUCCCCUCCUUGCCAAGAAGUGGAGUGAUGUGUAGACUGAGGUCCAUUCCGAAGGAGUUAAGUGGCCGGCAGCGAUGGAACUUGGACCCUUGGCCAUCCAGUUGGUUGUGUUUUUUUAUGUUGUGUGCCAUUGGCAUUUUAAUCCUUUAUUUUAAUUGGGAGUUUUCCACAAGUUCUUGUACAGUACCAUGAAUAGAUCUGUGAUACCGUGCUUGAGACUCCCGUCUCUGAGCUUCUGCCACUGAAACCCUAAUCGCCACCAUGUGUGAUUGUGUUGCAACCCAGCCAGCAAGUGGACAAUUCCCUCUCCACCACCACCACCCCCACCUGGCCCCAACCCACAAUACAGCUGCCAGCCUUGUGCUUCUGUCUGGCAUUAUUAUAGUCAAGGAACCUGUGACUUGCUCCUCACUUAUUUGUUUAAGCCGGAAUAAUUCACCUCAGAUUCAACAUGGCGGGCAGAUUAAAUAAAAGAAAACAGAUUCCUUUCGCUUUUAAGAAAAAUAAUUCCUCUUUAAAAGACAAUGGUUUUGCUAUAAAAUAGAUAUCCCCGUAAUGCAUUGCUCAGAGCACUCGUAUAAUCAGUGAAACUGUCCCACUGAUUAAUUCUUCCUCCAAAUCAAUGGUCUCUUCUGAACACUACAUUAUUUAAUAUGUACUGAUGUGCAGAAAUAUGCCAGCAAAGGGUAUGUUUCACAGUGAUCAAUUAUUUAUAUAUUGUCUGACAACUCUGUGUAAUGGUGGGGCCAAAAGACACGUGCACGUUUUCAGAAAUCUGUUGGCUUGUAUCUCCCUUAACUAAUCCCUUGCAAAGUGUUCGAUUGAGUUCCUUGCUCUCAAGCAUGUGACUUAAAUAUUGUACAGCAUUACGUAGUUAUUGACGUGUUUUUAAUUGUUUUGAUUUUAUAAUGUACAGUGGCUCAAUUAACAAGAGUUAUUUGCAGGCAGAGAUGGUGUGGUAGUUUCCAAUUUUGAAAAAACAACAUCCAGGGAUGUUUUCAGAGUCUAGUUUCCAUGAUUCAAGGAAGACAUUCCCUCAAGUAGCCUGCAUUUUGCUGUUAAAUCCUUUGCAACACAUAUAUUCAGCAUGAUUUUAAUUAAUGCAGGUUCACUUUCAACAUUGUCAUAAGUGGUAUGCCCCUUUGGGUUCUGAACAUCUUCCCUUUGUCAGUUGAAUGAGUUUUUAUUUUGUUUUCAAAGAAAUUUGUUCAGCCUGAAAGGAAGAAUUGUAUUAUAGCUGAUGACUUUUAUGUUUAUUACGAGAUUAAUCGAAUUCAUAUCAAAACUUGUUAUGGGAUGGGGAGCAGAGACAUUUUUACGUCCUCUAUGCUUUCCUGGUGUGUUUUUGAGUAUAUAUCUAUGAAUGUUCUGAUCCCCAGCCCUAUAUCCUUUUAUAUAAUUUUUUAUAAAGUUCGACCUCUAUUCCAAUAAGAGUUAGAAGCUCUGAAAGAGUUACUUUAUAGACAUUUACCAUGAUCAUUUUUUGUUUGUUUAUAAUCAGAAACGUGCAUAUUAGUCUUUUGGCCUUAUCUUUCUUGUUUUUUCGUGUAGAUUUGAUAUUUGAAAGGACAGACAGUGGAUAUGUUGUGUACACUGAGGAGUUAUUUAUUAAUGAGGCUUGAACUGGUUGGGUGUGUGCUGGCCUCUGGUUUACAGUUCAGUACCUAUUGUUUAUCCUUUCAAAUAUGUGAUUUGUAAUAGCUCUUUCCAUAUGAAAGGAUCUGGUUUAUUUAAAUAAAGCAGCUGAUGCUUUUUUCACAUGA